GUAACUGCAUGCUGGUCUGGCUGUGCUAGGGAGGGCGAGAGAGUGAGCUAUAGGAAAGAAGUGCUCCUGAAUCUUAUCGGAGCCCUCUCUCCCCUCUCUUGCGUUCCCCUCCUUGCUUUCGGCUUGUGUCCAUUUAAGUUGGGGAGGCCCUGGAGAGGACACACAAUGGAGCGAAGAGCCUGUGGCAACUGGGCCGUUGUACUGCUGAGAGGGGGAUGGGGUGGAGAGAGGACCGGUUCACACAGCUAACACAGCCUACCGGCUGUAGGCUUCCACAGCCUUUCCUCCCUGCCUGGACUGCUGUUUUCAGGCCGGGGCCUUUAUUGUGGACGAGCCACCCUCAAACUCUGCUUGGACUAUACUAAGGAUUACUCAUCGUGUUCCGUGGGAUUUUAGGAUACAUACUACAGCCUGAAGAAUAAAUCCCUCCUGUGUUUUGGCUUCUGAGAAAAGAAAAACAAACUUCUAUGUGAUUCUUUUCACCCUUUCUCGGUUUUUGGUUUCUGUUUCUUUUUAGUGGAGUUCGUAAAUGGAUUACAAGAUGCAUGCCAAGUCAAAUGAUUUGCUGGAUUUUCAAAAACUGGACGCCCUUCUGGAAAAAAUUGCACAUUCAGUCUCUGUGAAAAGAGAGUCCAGUGAGGAGUGCAAUGGGAUCAGCGGUGCUCUGUCAGUGGAGUCUGUGCCGGGGCCAAGACUGAACUGGUGUCCUGCCAACACCACUACCCCUGCCCCUGCAGCUCCAGCUCCUGCUCGGGGGACUGAGCCCGCGCCCAACCCUGUCAGAAUGGGAGACGGCCUGGAUGCAGCGCAGAUGUCGGGCAGCAACAGCAGUAGCAGCAGCGGCCAGGGGCAGGCCCAGCAAAUGGGCAACCCCCCACCCCCAGAGUACAUCAAUCCCAACAGGCCAAAGCGCCAGACUAAUCAGCUGCAGUACCUGCUCAAGGUGGUGGUGAAGGCCCUGUGGAAACACCAGUUUGCCUGGCCCUUUCAUAUACCCGUGGAUGCGAUCAAACUCAACCUGCCUGACUACUACACAAUAAUCAAGAUUCCUAUGGACAUGGGAACAAUCAAGAGAAGGCUUGAGAACAGUUACUACUGGAAUGCCCAAGAAUGUAUCCAAGACUUCAACACAAUGUUUACCAACUGCUACAUAUACAACAAGCCUGGAGAUGACAUUGUCUUAAUGGCUGAGGCUCUAGAGAAGGUAUUCCUCCAAAGGGUCACAGAAAUGCCUCAGGAAGAAACUGAGAUUGUUGUCAUGACAGGGAAGGGACGUGGCAGGGGCAGAAGAGAAGGAAGUCUGAACUUGAAACCGGGGGGCCUCAUUGAAUCUUCGCCCACGACUCCUCUGACACGCGGUCUGUCAAACCUCUCGGCAGCACCACAGAUCAGGGGACCGGUGCCGGGCCCGCCUUCACUACCUCCCCAGCCUUUGAUGCAGGCCCUGCCGUCCCACAUGCCCCCCCACAUGCCCCCACACAUGCCACCCCACUUGCCACCCCACAUGCCACCCCACAUGCCACCCCACAUGCCACCCCACAUGCCCCCCCACAUGCCCUCCCACAUGCCCCCCACGUUACCCAGCCAUGCGCCACAGCUCGGAGCCCCCUACUCAUUGGGCCAAUCUGACUGUGCUCCUCAAGUUCCCAUGAUGACUUCUGUGCCUCCCCCUGCUCAGACCGCGCUUCCCCCAGCAUCCAUCCAGAAUGUUGCACCCAUGCUGCAGAACUCCAUAACCAUGACCAAAAUAAAAAAGAGCCAGAAAAGGAAAGCUGACACCACGACGCCCACAGCAAACGACCAACUGAGUGAAUCUUCACCAGCAGAGUCCAAAUCUGGGAAGACACUACCGAGGCGAGAGAGUGCCCGGCCUCCAAAACUGUUGAAAAAGGAGGCUCCCGACUCCCAGCAUCACAUUGGGAUGGUGAUGGGACUGAGUGGACCAAGCGGGGGUCAUAGCCCCAAACCACAGGAUCAGCUAGGAUACUGUGCAAGUCUGGUCCGGGAGAUGCUGUCCAAGAAGCACGCUGCUUAUGCCUGGCCUUUCUACAAACCUGUGGAUGUGGCUGCACUGGGACUCCACGAUUAUCAUGACAUCAUCAAAUAUCCGAUGGACCUCAGCACCAUCAAGGUGAAGCUGGAGAACAGGCAAUACCGAGAACCCCAGGAGUUUGCUGCUGACGUACGAUUCAUGUUUUCUAACUGCUACAAAUAUAAUCCUCCAGACCAUGAGGUGGUAGCCAUGGCCCGCAAACUACAGGAUGUCUUUGAGAUGCGUUUUGCCAAGAUGCCAGAUGAACUGGAGACCAAGCCUCUGGUCCCUGCCCCAGCUCCUGUACUUCACCAUCCUGCCCCAGUUAAGCCCCAGCCUCCUUUGGCCCACGUCGCCUCCUCCUCAGACAGCUCCAGUGACUCGUCCUCUGAGUCCGAGUCUUCCACAGAUGACUCGGAAGAGGAGAGAGCCCACAGGCUAGCAGAGCUCCAGGAACAGUUGAAGGCUGUCCACGAGCAGUUGGCUGCUUUGUCCCAGCCACAAGCCAGCAAACCAAAAAGGAAAGAGAAGGAGAAGGAGAAGAAGGAAAAGGAAAAGGAAAAGGAAAAGGAGAAGAAAAAAGAGAAGCAUAAGAAAAAGGGAGCUAUGUCUGGCCUUGUUGAUGAGAUCCAGGAUGCAACACCUGUCCCGCAUCUCUCCAAGAAGAACAAGACCAGUAACAAUAACAACAAGGAGGUGGUAUCCAAGAAGAAAGCUAGUAAAAAGGAUGUGAUGAAACUCAAUCAUCCCGCCAACCUGCCGCCAGUUCCCAGCCUGGAAGACGAUCUGGGAGCUGCUGGGUCUUCGGCUUCAGGGGAAAAAGGCAAGCCUAUGACGUACGAAGAGAAAAGGCAGCUAAGCUUGGACAUCAACAAGCUUCCUGGUGACAAGCUUGGCCGUGUAGUGCACAUCAUCCAGUCCAGAGAGCCUUCACUCAAAAACUCAAACCCUGAUGAGAUCGAGAUUGACUUUGAGACGCUAAAGCCUUCCACUCUGCGCGAGCUGGAGAGAUAUGUGUCUUCCUGCCUCCGCAAGAAGAAAAAGUUUCCAGCAGAGAAGCCAGUGGAGUCCAUGGCUACCUCCAAAAAGACUGGAUCCUCUUCAGACAGCAGCGGCUCCAGCACAGACAGCGAAGCUGAAGCGACAGGAAUAAUAAAGCAUCAGAAGAAGAAGGGCCAGUCUGUGAAGGAGGGGAAGAAGCCUCAUCCUCAUUUACACAUUCAGAGUGGCCCUGCUCAGGCUGGGCUUCAUUCCCAUAUAGCAGGCCUUCAGUCCAACAUUCAGAUGAAGCAGCAGCAUCAGCCCUCCCCCGCAGGGUUCAUCGCUCCCCCCGUAGCUGCUCUGGAGUCUUCCCAACUACUGGAAACUAGCUUUGAGUCCCUGCCGCCUUUCGGCCAGCCCCUCAUGCAUCUGCCCCAUCACACAGGCAACUCCUCCUCCUCACCCGCAGCUCCACAUCUCAACGCUCAUUCUGCUGGCCCAGUGUCCCCUGAAACCCACCCCUUCCUCAACCAGCAUCCCGUCCUCACGUCUCCGGGUAAGGCCAUAUCCUUGCACAUCUCCAUGCCUCAGCAGCCUUCCCGACCCAGUCACAAGGCGGCGCCUCUUCAUCCCAAACCCCCCCAGCAGCAAGCAGCACCCCCUCAGCCCACCCUGCCGCCGCAGCAGCAGCAGCAGCAGCCGCAGCCGCAGCCGCCCCAGACAGCAGCACCACCACCACCACCACCACAGCACCAGCUUCCCCCCCAGAUCCUCCACCCUGCUCAGCCUCUGCACCAGCGGCCCAUGUCCCCCCCAACACUCACCCCCCAGGGCUUGCUUUCUUCCCAGCCUCCCCAGAUGCUGCUAGAGGAUGAUGAAGAGCCAGGGUCUACAACCCCUCUGAACCAAGUACAAUUAUACCUGCAGCAGUUCCAGCAAGCCCGUCAGCCCCAGCAGUCCAUGCAGUCGCUACAGGCGCAGGUUCGUCAGCAGCAACAACAACAACAACAACAACAACAACAACAACAACAACAACAACCAGGACAGAUCUCUCUCCUGCAGUCUGUGCAGGGACAGUCUCAACUUCCCUCCCAGACCACACUGCCUCCUCCACAGCUCACUAUUCAGUCCCAGACACAGCCCCCCCCAUCACAUCAGGCCCCGCCCCAACAGAUGCCUCUCCACCAGGCCCGCCACAUGCAGCACGCCCAGCUGCAGCAACAGCAGCCGCAACAACUGAACUACCAGCAGGCUCCUGGACUAGCUGGUCAGUCCCAAGGAUCACAACACAAGGUAUCCAUGCCGACCAACAAAGCACAGCAGGUCAUCCAGCAGCAGCAGCAGCAGCAGCAGCAGCAGCAGCAGCAGCCCUCCCCUCGCCCGCCUAAGGCUGACCCUUACAACGCAGGUCACUUAAGGGACAACCCAUCGCCUCUCAUGAUGCAUUCCCCGCAACUUCCCCAGUUUCCACCUGUGUCCCAUCAGUCCCCACCUCAGAACAUGCAGCCCAAAAAGCAGAGGAGCCAGGGGAACCACGGCGUUAUAAAGGAGGAGAAACUUCCUCCAUCGCCAGUGAUGAGAGGAGAACUAUUCAACCCGGCCAUGAGACCUGACCAUCACAAACAUCCUGAUCACAAGCCUUCUCAAACAAAUGUGAAAUCCAUGGACAGCUUGCGACCCGUCAUCCGCUCCUCUGAGUCCAGUGGACCGCCCUCCUCUCAGCAAGACAAGGAAAAGUUCAAGCAGGACUCCAAGACACCUAUUGCCCCCAAAAAGGUACAGGAUGUCAAAUUGAAGAACAUGGGCUCAUGGGCCAGCCUGGCCCAAAAGUCCACAUCUACACCCUCAUCUGCGGUAAAGUCAUCGAGUGACAGUUUUGAGCAAUUUCGCCGAGCCGCCCGGGAGAAGGAGGAGAGGGAGAAGGCCCUGAAGGCCCAAGCCGAGCAGCUGGAGAAAGACAGGCUACGCAGAGAGCAGGACAAACUACGAGGGCGAGAUGAUGAGGAUAUAAUGGAGCCAACCAGAAGGGUGCACGAGGAGCCACGCAGGCGUCUUGAGCAGCAACACAUUCAAGCUCCUUCGCAGCAACAUCAACAGCAACCGCAGCAGCAGCAGCAGCAGCAGCAGCAGCAGCAGCAGCCGCCACCGCCGCAGCAGCAGCAGCAGCAGGAGCCCCCACCUGCUGCCAUCCAGCAGCCCGCUGCCCCCCCCACACCGCCUCAGUCCGCUGCACAGAAUCCACUCGACCAACAGAGGGAGCUCGCUCGCCGGCGAGAGCAGGAGAGGAGGAGGCGAGAAGCGAUGGCAGCAACAAUUGACAUGAAUUUCCAAAGUGACUUAAUGGCUAUCUUUGAGGAAAACCUUUUCUGAGGAGAGGAGCAACUGAAACGUAACUGCAAAAAAACAAAACAAAACACUUGCAUUAUGUAAACUUCCUCGAAGAAGAGACGCUUGGCCACCACGCACCGCGGAGGGACACGGACUGUAUGUAGACGUGAUGGGCCCUCAGAGAGCGAGGACUGAGGCUGGACGGGCGCCCACAGCUCGCUUUGCCCCUGUUGACGGGACACACACAACACAUGGGGAUCGUAUUGGAUGUCACAUCCUGGGAAUUUGGCAUUGCCUGCCUGAUUUAACGGGAGGAAGAGGACUCCUGUUGGCACAGUUUGCCUUUUUUCACUUACAGCGUGCGUGGGCGCUUUAAAUCGCUGGAGAAAAAGACACCCUAAUAGUUAUGAAAUGCUCUGAUAAUGUACUGACAGACUGUGCAGACGUGUUUUGAAACUGCCAGGUGUCUAAGAUGGUGAAGAAGACUGGUGUUUUAUGUUCUGUUUUGUUUUUGAUUGUUGUAAGUGAACAAAUGAAAUGGUUGUCGGGGCAACUUCCAUACUGUAUAUCAUGUAUAUUUCUCAGCAGAGAAGGUACAGUUUGCCUUACACCUCUUUCCUAAACAGACCAUUGUGUACUGCACACGUUGACAAACAAAUAACAUUUACAACAAGGAGGAGAAGCAGUGCAGACCUUUUUUCAUCAACUAGUAUCUACUGUAAAGAAGUAUUUUCUUAUACGACAAUAACUGUUUAUUUUGGAUCUUUGUUUUCCUUCUUUGAAUCGACAUACCUUCACACUCCACCACCUCUGUCUAUGCCAAACUACCCAUUAUCUUUUAUGCUAAAUUACUUGUCCUAAAACAUGGUAGGUAGCUAGAGACAAAAAAACCCUGAAUAUAUGCAUUAUCAUAGUUCCUGCAAGUAUUUAUCAAAGACAGAAUCAGUUUUCAUCCUGCCUUGUAUUUUUCAUUUAGAGCUACACUUGUUAGCAGUAAAGGGGAAAGGGUCGGCCAUUUCUGCGCGUUAGUUGGAAUAUGAUUUCACUACAAGUUUAGCAACAUUGUUUGUAUUACACUUUAAGACAUAAUGUUGGAAAUGUUGAUAUCAUUGGCGUGUUUGCAGCAGUCAAACUACUGGAUCAGUCAAGAAAUGACAUGAGGAGUCCCUUGCUGUUCUGCUCUGUUCUGAUCCAAGCUACGUUUGGAUUAAAGUGCCGGCAGCGGGAAAGGGGCAAUCGAUAAAAUGACAAAGGAUUUAACACCUUUCUGUAGCUGUUACUUGAAUCUGGUUUAGUAAAAAAAAAAAUGGCUGGAAGGAGCCCCUUGCUUCAAACCUCUUCUAAUUCACUGAGGGCACACUGUCAACAGUACGAAGAAAAGACAAACAGAAAUUAAGAGACGGAACAAACGUUGAAAAACAGUUUUAUUUUAUAUCUUUGUUCUUGUUCAAUAAUAGUGGAUGUGAGUUAUAAUUCUGUUAUCGGAGACAUUGUUUGGACCGGGGAUGGGUUAAAAUCUGAAUGCAUCUCGUCUUCUUCACUUGUCUCUUAUGGUGUUUUUCUCCAGUGCCUGUAUUGUAUUGCAAUUCUCGUUGGCUUAUAUUACACUUCGAGGGGGUUUAGAAAAGGGGGCAGGGCAGGAUUGGGUGGUGUAAUAUUUGAAAUGGGAGGGAGAUUUUUGAAAGAGUUUGUGUAAAAAAACUAAAAACUAAAAAAGGAACAAAAAAAAAGGAAAAGACAGCGUUUUAUAUUUUACCCGUUGUCAAUAUUCGGGUUUUAAAUUUAGUUUUAGCUGGACUUCUAUGAGUGUACACAUCUGACAACUACUUUCUCAUUUGUUCAAUCAGCAGAUUUUAGGUAGAUAUGUUUCAGCGUUGCCACACUAGCGUUUGAGUCUGGUCUGUGAGUGUGACUGUGUAAAUUUGGACGGCUGUGUGACUGUGUGUUUUGUUUUUGUUGAAUUUUUUAAAAGUGUGCUGCAAGAGGCAUGUUCCCCGAUGUAGAUAAGCAUUCUAUUGAUGAGGAGAAUAAACAGAUAAACUUCA